ACCAGCGAAUAGUCAAUGGUUUUGGUUGUGCUCGAGAGUGCGUUUUGGUAUGAGGAAAAAACUGCAAAUAAGCAGAAAGUCUUUGAAAAGUUUUGUGAUCAUUCCAUAAGAUUAGUGGUUUAAGCUGUGAAAAUAUUGGCUCUCUUUUAGUUAAUAAAUCACUUGUUUUGGUUUUUGAAACAUGGAAAAUAGUGAAUGUGAAAGUAAAGAUUCGGUUUCUAUGUCAUCAUCAGAUUCAUUAAAAAAAAAGCAUGGCCAUUUUUUCAAAAAGAUUUUUCGCAAGGCCAAAGAUAAAAAGUCCAAGUCAAUGUUUGAUUUAUCACAAAAUAAUGAACAUCGCAAUCAUACAAGCAGUAUGACUGCAAUCAAUCAAUUGGUACAUAUUGAUUUCCCACAUCUUGUAGCAUCUGCUAUAUCUGCAGAUUUAGAUAGCAAAGAAAACAGUGAAAAUGAUGAGAGUUAUGAUAAAUCUAGUAGAAAUAGUUUGGCUGGAGAAUUAGAAGAUCAUGAUCAAGAAAAUGAUCAAGAUAAUGAUCAAGUAAACAAGAGCAAUGAAGAGUUAACAGUGGCUUCUGUUUUCAAUAGUGCUGCCUAUUCGUCAUUUUUAGUUGAAGGAGAAAUUGUUUCUGGUAGUGGUUUAAUUGCAAGAGAUUCUACAGGUAAAAGUGAUCCUUAUGUUAAAGUGAAGUUAAAUUCAAAAAAUAUUUACAAAACUAAAAUUGUUUAUCGUAACCUUGAUCCACAGUGGAGAGAAAGUUUUAGUUUGUAUGUUGAAAAUGUUGAUAGUGAUCUUAUCUUUAAAGUUUACGACUUUGAUAGAAUUCUAUAUGAUGACUAUAUGGGAGAAUGUAAAGUUUCAUUGGGUUCCUUAAAAGUCAACAAAGAAUAUGAUAUGCAGUUGCCUUUAAUUAAUUUGAAUGGAUUGGAGGAGCAACUUGGUUUUAUACGAGUCAAGUUAUCUGUUAUACCUAAAUCUCCACGAGAAAGAGUUGAGCAACUUCCCCUUACAAGAGGUGCAAAAACAAACAGCAAGUGUAAUAUUAGCGACUCAGUGCUUUCAGUAACACUCAGAGAGGGAAAAAAUCUGAAACCAAUUACACAUGCUGGUUAUUGUGACGUCUUUGUUCGAUUUAAACUUGGUGUUGACAAAUACAAAUCCAGAGUUAGCAAGCACACUAAUAACCCGGUUUGGAAUGAACAGUUUGAUAUGAAAUUAAUGAUGUCUGGCGCAUUUUCGUGUUUGGAAGCAAGUGUCUGGGAUAAAGAAUCUGGAAAAGAAGUAUUUAUAGGGAGAGGGAAAAUUGACAUAUCCACUUUAACGGCAGAGAAAACUCAUGAUAUUGAAUUAAACCUAGAGGAUCAACCAGGGGUUCUAUAUUUAUAUCUUUGUAUUACUGGUUUAAAUGUACCUGGUUGUAUAUCGGAUUUAACUACUUAUGACGAAGAUCAGAGUUUAAUCGUAAAACAAGAAAGUAAUUUUUCGCUUUGGAAAACAGUGGAAAACUUCAAACAAAUUGGUUGGAUGCAGAUAAAAAUUCAUCGUGCUAAUGGAUUAGCUGUUGCGGAUUUAGGAGGAGCAAGUGAUCCAUUUGCAAUCAUAGAACUUGCUAAUCAAAGACUUGUUACUCCAACUAUUUACAAAACAUUAAAUCCUCAAUGGGAGAAAGUCUACGAAUUAAUAAUCUAUGACAUACACGAUGCACUUGAAAUAACAAUCUUUGAUGAAGACAAAAGAGGACCACCCGAGUUUUUGGGUCGUGUUAAGAUUCCACUUCUUUCUAUUAAAUCCGGUGAAAAGUGUGUUUAUCAACUCAAAGACAAACGUUUACAAACGUUCAGUAAAGGCAAUCUUAUUAUGACUGCGACAAUAUUUUACAACAGUAUUAGGGCAAGUUUGCGAACAUUUACUCCAAAGGAAGUUAAAGUGACUGGAGAAGCUCCAAAAUUUCGAAGACAGCUUUUACAAGAAAAUGUUAACCGUGUCACAAAUCUCAUCCAAAGUAUAAUAGCAACAAGUGAAUUUAUUCAAAGCCUGUUUACAUGGAAAUACAAACUCAGAAGUGGGUUUGCGUUUUUGAUAUAUAUCUUGUUUGUUUGGAAUUUCGAUUGGUUUAUGUUGCCGCUAAUCUUGUUUUUGGCGCUAUUAAAGAAUUACAUCAUACUAAUACUAUCGCCAACAAAUCAGAAUUACGAUGAAUUUAAAGGUGAUAAUGACGAUGACGACGAUGAUGAUGAAGAAAACGAAGAUAAAUCCAAAAAGGGAAAGUCUAAAACAUUUCGAGAAAAGUGGGAAGCAAUAAACCAUAUUUGCACUUUAGUACAAAACCAUCUCAACAAUAUCGCAUCAUUUGGAGAAAGAAUUAAAAAUACGUUUGCUUGGACGGUUCCAUUCUUGUCUUAUUUAUUGAUGGUUAUUUUGCUGUUAGCUACUAUUGUUCUUUAUAUAGUUCCUCUUCGCUACCUUUUACUAUUAUGGGGUAUAAAUAAAUUUACAAAAAAAAUUAGAAAACCUCAUGCUAUAGCUAACAAUGAAUUUCUUGAUUUUCUAUCCAGAGUACCGUCUGAUCCUGAAGUUAAACAGUUUCAUCAACACCUUGGUGUGCCUCUUUCAUAAAUUUAUCAUUUUAAAUAUAUAUAUAUAUAUAUAUAUAUAUAUAUAUAUAUAUAUAUAUAUAUAUAUAUAUAUAUAUAUAUAUAUAUAUAUAUAUAUAUAUAUAU